AUGCUGGGCUGCUCUCAAACAAAAGCCACCGGCUCCCAGCUCUGUGAACCGUUGCAGUGUAGCAGUGCUGCUAUUUUUCUCUUGUGGCUGGUCCAGGAAAGGGAUUUACUGAGGGCAAAAGUGCAGGAAGCAAGCUGGGUGCUCCCUUGGAUAAUUCCUUUCUCUCUCUGUGUGUGUGUUGCACUUCGCUCAUCAGUUCCUAGCCAAAGUUUGUGUGUGUUGCAAUUUGAUGACUUCAGGCCUUGUAGUUCCUUGGCUCCCUUUCUGGUCCUUGGAGACAUUAGCGGAAAAAUUGUUUUCGUGCCUGAGUAUGGUCCUCUGCCGCACUCUUGUCGCUGCACAUUCAGGUGGAUAUGGCUGUUUGAAAACCUGUGCUCACUACUGAAAUGGGCAGCGGGCUUUGCUUUUUCUCGCAUCUUCUGUGGUGCCUAG